CGCGACGUGCAGACGCGCGGACCCACAGCGCGCAGGUUCCCGGCUCGCUGCCCGUCGCCAUGCCCUCCUACACCGUCACCGUGGCCACCGGCAGCCAGUGGUUCGCUGGCACCGACGACUACAUCUACCUCAGCCUCGUGGGCUCCGCGGGCUGCAGCGAGAAGCACCUGCUGGACAAGCCCUUCUACAACGACUUCGAGCGCGGCGCGGUUGAUUCUUAUGAUGUGACAGUGGAUGAAGAACUGGGUGACAUCCAGCUGGUCAAAAUCGAGAAGCGGAAAUACUGGCUCCAUGACGACUGGUAUCUGAAGUAUAUCACACUGAAAACUCCCUUCGGGGACUACAUCGAGUUCCCCUGCUACCGCUGGAUCGCCGGCGAGGGCGAGAUUGUCCUGAGAGAUGGACGAGCAAAGUUGGCCUGUGAUGACCAAAUUCAUAUUCUCAAGCAGCACAGACGUAAAGAACUGGAAACACGGCAAAAACAGUAUCGAUGGAUGGAGUGGAACCCUGGCUUCCCCCUGAGUAUUGAUGCCAAAUGCCACAAGGAUUUACCCCGGGAUAUCCAGUUUGACAGUGAGAAAGGAGUGGACUUUGUUCUCAACUACUCCAAAGCGAUAGAGAAUCUGUUCAUCAACUGCUUCAUGCACAUGUUCCAGUCUUCUUGGAAUGACUUCGCCGAUUUUGAGAAAAUCUUCGUCAAGAUCAGCAACACUAUUUCCGAGCGGGUCAUGAGUCACUGGCAAGAAGACCUCAUGUUCGGCUACCAGUUCCUGAAUGGCUGCAACCCUGUGUUGAUCCAGCGCUGUACGCAGCUGCCAGAAAAGCUCCCAGUGACCAUGGAGAUGGUGGAAUGCAGCCUGGAGCGGCAGCUCACCUUACAGCAGGAGGUUGAGCAAGGGAACAUUUUCAUCGUGGACUAUGAGCUGCUGGAUGGCAUUGAUGCCAACAAGACAGACCCCAACACUCUGCAGUUCUUGGCCGCACCCAUCUGCUUGCUGUACAAGAACCUGGCCAACAAGAUCGUCCCCAUUGCCAUCCAGCUCAACCAAGUCCCAGGAGAUGAGAACCCCAUUUUUCUCCCUUCGGAUGCAAAAUAUGACUGGCUCCUGGCCAAAAUCUGGGUGCGCUCCAGUGACUUCCACGUCCACCAGACCGUCACCCACCUUCUGCGCACACAUCUGGUGUCUGAAGUUUUUGGCAUUGCCAUGUACCGCCAGCUGCCUGCCGUGCACCCCAUUUUCAAGCUCCUGGUAGCACACGUGCGGUUCACCAUCGCCAUCAACACCAAGGCCCGUGAGCAGCUCAUCUGCGAGUAUGGCCUCUUUGACAAGGCCAAUGCCACAGGGGGCGGUGGGCACGUGCAGAUGGUGCAGAGGGCCAUGCAGGACCUGACCUACAGCUCCCUGUGCUUUCCUGAGGCCAUCAAGGCCCGGGGCAUGGACAGUGCAGAGGACAUCCCCUACUACUUCUACCGGGACGACGGGCUCCUGGUGUGGGAGGCCAUCAAGACGUUCAUGGCUGAGGUGGUGGGCAUCUAUUACAAGAGUGACCAGGUGGUGGCAGAGGAUCAGGAGCUGCAGAACUUUGUGAAUGACGUUUAUGUGUACGGCAUGCGGGGCAAGAAAGCCUCAGGCUUCCCCAAGUCCAUCAAGACCAGGGAGAAGCUGUCAGAGUACCUGACCGUGGUCAUCUUCACAGCCUCAGCCCAGCAUGCAGCGGUGAACUUCGGCCAGUACGACUGGUGCUCCUGGAUCCCCAAUGCUCCCCCAACCAUGCGAGCCCCGCCACCCACAGCCAAGGGUAUGGUCACCAUCGAGCAGAUCGUGGCCACACUGCCAGACCGUGGCCGCUCUUGCUGGCAUCUGGGUGCUGUGUGGGCGCUGAGCCAGUUCCAGGAAAAUGAGCUGUUCCUGGGCAUGUACCCAGAGGAGCAUUUCGUCGAGAGGCCUGUAAAGGAGGCCAUGGCCCAAUUCCGCAAAAACCUUGAUGCCGUCGUCAGGGUGAUCGCCGAGCGCAACAAGAACAAGAAGCUGCCUUAUUACUAUUUGUCCCCAGACAGGAUUCCCAACAGCGUGGCCAUCUGAGUGGCCACCUGAGCCAGUCUCCCUGCAGGACAGCCGGCGGCCUGAGAGCUUAGGACCCAGACUCCGGCCUGCUCGGGUGGGCCGGCCCCCUGGAAUCUGGCUCCUCCAAGGCCCUCCAAGAUUACUGAGAAUUCUGCCCUCAGGUCCCAGGCUGACUGGCUUCACGCCAGAGGCUGCCCCAGUUUGGGCCACGUUAUAGCUAAGCUUUGGUGCAUUUUCUUGUUUGUUCCUCAAUCUUUAUUGAAUCCCAUACUUUGAUCAAAGUGUGUAAACACUGCAGGGACCCUCCCUACACAGGACUUUGAGGCUUCUUGCCCUAGACCUAGCUCGGUGCUUCCACACCAGGCAGUCACAGCAACAGGAAACCUGACAGACAUUUGUUCUAUUGGAGACAAUAAAAUGAUUAUUCUGUU